AUACGCGAACGGCCUUGAAAUCGUCUAUGACUCGUUGUGAAAUUGCUUUAAGGGCUGUGUCAAUGUAUUCUGUGGAAAAUUCGCGAUGAAAAUCUCCUAGUUCUUCACCAUUUCAAUACUAUGCAGUUUUCUAUGCUUCCUCGAUGAUUUUGUAUCGAUAUUUCUUCUGUAGUUCAUCAGUCAGAUACGUUUUUCACUUCCGUGUUUUUUUGUGAUUUCGUAUACAGGAUAUCCCAAAUUGCAGGAACUCAGGUAUCUCACGAAUGUGAGAUAUAGCACGUUUUACAUAGGCGUAGGAUCGAGAGUUCUCAAUUGUUCGUGAAGUACGCGAUCUUUGGAAAAUGUGGUACGCCACUGGUGACAGAGAUUAUAUCGGAUUCGCUACUCUGCCGGAUCAAGUCCAUAGAAAAUCGGUGAAAAGGGGCUUUGACUUCACACUAAUGGUCGUCGGUGAAUCUGGACUUGGUAAAUCAACGCUGAUAAACAGUUUAUUCCUGGACGAUUUGUACAAGAACCGAAUCAUCCCAGAUGUAAGCGAGAGAAUCCACAGGACGACUUGUAUAGAGAAGAAGACGAUGGAAAUCGAGGAGCGCGGAGUAAAGUUGAGGCUCACCGUGAUAGAUACUCCAGGCUUUGGGGAUGCUGUGAAUUGCGAGGACAGUUGGAAAGUAUGUACGAAUUACAUAGACGACCAGUUUAGACAAUAUUUCACCGAUGAAAGCGGACUCAAUAGAAGAAAUAUCCAGGACAACAGAGUGCACUGCUGUCUGUAUUUCGUUCCACCCUGGGGACAUAGUGUCAGGCAAAUGGAUUUGGAAUUGAUGAAGCGGUUGCAUCGGAAAGUCAAUAUAGUCCUGGUGAUAGCGAAAGCUGACACCCUUACUACAUCUGAAGUUUCCAAAUUGAAACAGAACAUCCUGAAUGAUGUUAAAGACCAUGGGAUACAAAUGUAUGAAUUUCCCGAUUGUGAUAGCGAUGAAGACGAGGAUUUCAAACAGCAAGAUAGAGAACUCAAGGCCAGCGUGCCUUUUGCUGUAGUUGGAAGUAACACAAUAUUAGAAGUCGGAGGAAAAAAAGUUAGAGGAAGGCAAUAUCCUUGGGGAGUCGUUGAUGUUGAAAAUCCAAAACAUAGUGAUUUCAUCAAAUUGAGAACUAUGUUGAUCUCGACACACAUGCAAGAUUUGAAGGACGUAACAGAAGAUGUUCACUACGAGAAUUUUAGAGCUCAAUGUAUAUCGCAAAUAUCCCAACAUGCAAGGGAAAGGGGUAAAUUGAAAAGAGAUUCAGUUCCCUAUGAGUCAGAUAUAAGUGACACUGAUAAACUGUUAUUACAAAAAGAUGAAGAGAUUCGACGUAUGCAGGAAAUGUUGAACAAAAUGCAGGAAAAACUGAAAGUUACUGCUCAAGAGAAAAAACAUGAAAGUAUUAUUGAUGUCUAAUAACUAGCCUAGGAUCUGUAUUUAAUUCUCCAAUAUUGUUCAACCAAAGAUUAUAGUUCAAAUUUUUUUCAUAUUUAUAAUCAAAUUUAUAUAUUAUUUCUAAUUUAUAUGUUAAAUAAAAGUAUUCAAAAACAA